ACGGAAGGUCACACGCGUGCUUUUGAACACAGCAGCAGAGAGCUGAGGGUGAAAUGUUCGGCGGUAAAUAGUAACAUAGCGACUUUAUAAGGAUAGCUCGUAGAGUGUGAACGAGACUUGAUGCUAAUAAGAAAAUAUAUAGAAAUGUUGCAUUUAAUUAAUUGAUGAACUGUGGCCAUACAGAGGUAGCCUAGCUAAAACAGGCAGCUAGCCUCUCCAGUUAGCUUUUCUUCAAAACAUUGCAUCUCCACACAACUGCAGCUAUGUUCAGGAGCCUUGUUAGACUUCACAGUCAGUUUGGAAAUGCCCUUUCAGUCAGUAAAGUGUGCCCAAGAAGUCAGCAGCUUGGGUCUGCUCUGAAAUACUCCACAGCUACAGCAGAAAGAAAAAAGUUUUACCAAGAUGUCAGCAUAUCCCAAGGUGAAGGUGGUGCCUAUGAGAUAAACCUUGACAGAAGGAAACUGAAAACUCCUGGAGGGAAGCUGUUCGCGGUCCCAAAUGAAGCCCUCGCCAUCGCUGUGGCAACCGAAUGGGAUGCUCAAAGGGACACACUCAAGUUCUACACAAUGCACAUGACCACCCUGUGCAACACAGCCCUGGACAACCCUACAGAACGCAGCAAAGACCAAAUGAUCAGUGCUGCCCUGAAGUACCUGGAGACUGAUACUGUCUGUUACAGAGUAGAUGAGCCCUAUGGUUUGGUUGAGCUGCAGAAGAAUGAGUGGGACCCAGCGCUGCACUGGAUUGAAAACAGAUAUAAUGUCACUAUUGGUGCCUCGUCCAGUAUUUUGGGUCCUGAGAUCCCAGAGGCAACCAAAGAAACAUUCAGGCAACACCUGAAUUCUUACAACUUCUGGUCCCUGACAGGCCUUGAGUUUGUGAUCACCCAACUGAAGUCUGUCGUUCUGGCGAUGGCGAUGAUUGACAGACAUCUGAGCGUAGAACAGGCUGUGCUUCUGUCAAGACUGGAGGAAGAGUAUCAGAUUCGGCAGUGGGGAAACGUGGAGUGGGCCCACGACUACGACAUGUACGAGCUGAGGGCACGGACUGCUGCUGGAACCCUCUUUGUUCACCUCUCAUCCGAGAGUUCAACUGUCAAACGCAAACUGAUGCAGGACUGAGAAGGACAAGCUCCACACAGAAAAGUCUUUGUGAGCACGCAGCAAAUCUGCCCUCAAAUGGACGUGCUCCCCGGGCACCUCUGUUUAUCCAUGUGUCUAAAUCCGCGCAGACCAACACAAAACACAUCCGAUUUAUCAGCGACAACUGCUGCGUCUGUGAUCUGUUAUCGAGUCAUCUCCCUCCAGUAAAACAUUGGCUGGAUUUUUGCCGUGUUUUUGUGUGGCAGCUGCCAAGUGUGAUGCCCUUCACCGAGUUUCCAGUCAGUUCUCAGUCAUCCGUGACAUUUUGGACACUGGGCCUGCUUUCGAGAGAAUGGUGACUAAUGUUGUUGUGUGUUUGGUGGUGGACUGUUAACUCCAUGCCUGCUUUCACCAUAUUUGAAUACCGGCAGAGUGCAUAUGCUCUACUAACAGCACAUUAUUCAUACCAACUGUGCUGUGUGUAGUGUUCUGUCAUUGUGUACUGCAUAUACAUAAUAUUCUUCCACUUGGUGAAUCUGCUACAUUCUUAUUAUUUUCUGUGGUAAAGUAUUUGAUAAUGCACACAUACCUCUGUAGUUAUCGAUUAUUAUUGGCAAUAUCACCUGCAACGCUACAAAAAAAUUUAAAUUAGGACUUCAUCCACCUCCAGUAGUCAUGUUUAUUGCUUAAUUUUUGUUUCCUUUACAGCUGGAUCAGAAAUGAAAUGGAUCAGAGUAAUUAAGAGAAUGUCACUCUAAUUUUUCUCUUCUCUUGGCAUCUACUGUAAGCAAUAUUUUGUCAGUGACAUAAUUAACUCUGAAUUAAAACCAAAACAUGGUAAAACUGUU